CCCCUAUGAAUUCAUAUGAGAAAAAUAUAUUUGAAGUAUAUUCCCAUUGAUAUUUUACUUUUUUAUUUAGUCCACCUGGGUGACUAGGAACAGGAAAUUGUUCAACCGUGACUGGGGUAUAAAUAUGAGGUAACACAUAGGCCAAAUUCCCCUAGUCAUUCAUAACAAUGUGUUAGACCAAGGAAUGUAGCUGUGAUGCGCGGCAAAAGGUUGUUGAGCUUCACAAAAUGGGAAGUGGCUAUAAGAAAAUAGCACAUGCAUUGAAAAUGCCCAUUUCCACCAUCAGGGCAAUAAUUAAGAAGUUCCAGUCAACUGAAAAUGUUAUGAAUCAACCUGGACAUGUGUCUAUAUCGUCUCAACGCACUGUAAAGAGGAAGGUUCGAGUGGCAAAAAAAUCUCCAAGGAUCACAGCUGGAGAAUUGCAGAUGUUAUUUGUGUCUUGGGGUCAGAAAGUCUCCAAAACUACAAUCCGAAGUCACCGACAUCACCAGAAGUUGUUUGGAAGGGUUUCAAGAAAAAAAGCCUCUACUCUCAUCCAAAAACAAACUCAAGCAUUUUCAGUUUGCCAGACACUACUGGAACUUCAAAUGGGAUCGGGUUCAACGGUCAGAUGAAACCAAAAUAGAGCUUUUUGGGAAUAAACACCAGAGGUGGUUUUGGCGCACACAGAGAGGUAGCCAUAUGGAAAAGUACCUCAUGCCCACAGUUAAAUAUGGUGGUGGCUCUUUAAUGCUUUGGGGCUGUUUUUCUGCCAGAGGACCUGGACAUUUUGUUAGGAUACAUGGCAUCAUGGAUUCUAUCAAAUAUCAACAGAUAUUAAAUGAAAUCCUGACUGCCUCUGCCAGAAAGAUUAAAAUGGGCCGUGGUUGGAUCUUCCAGCAGGACAAUGAUCCAAAACAUUCAUCAAAAUCAACACAAAAAUGGUUUACUGUCCACAAAAUCAAGGUCCUGCCAUGGCUGUCCAAGUCUUGAUUUGAAACCCAUAGAAAACCUGUGGGGUGAACUGAAGAGGAGAGUCCACUAGUGUGGACCUCGGAAUGUGAAGGAUCUGGAGAGAUUCUGUAUGGAGGAACGGUCUCAGAUCCCUCACCAUGUAUUCUCCAACUUCAUCAGGCAUUAUAGGAAAAGACUCAGAGCUGUUAUCUUGGCAAAGGGAGGUAGCACAAAAUAUUGACUAAAAGGGUGCCAAUAAUUGUUGCACACAUAUAUUUAACAAAGUUAUUUUUUUUCAUAAACCUUUGUUAUGUUUGCAAAACAAAAGAUCAAAAGGUUAAAUAAUAAAGACAAUUUUUCGCAGCCUUCUUUGCUCAUAUUUACUAAGGGUGCCAAUAUUAGUGGAGGGAACUGUACAUAUUGGAACCAGUUGCACAAGACAAAUCUUUGCAACUCACUGACAAUAAACUAUUUUUCUAAUCACAUGAAACAUUUUGUUAACACAGAAGGUCAGAUCCGAAUCUACAAAUGUUCGUUCCAGCUGUACAGUAUUUAUGUAUAAUCUUCCUAAAACCUAGAGAGCGAGGGGUUUGAGUUGCACAAUCCACAUCCAGCCAACAAUGGCAGCUCCUCUCUCAAAAGGAGCAGCUUAAAUAUUCAUAAGGUAACCCACACCUGUUUCCAGGUAACCGAUGCUGGACUCCUGAACCGUGGCAGUGUGUCUAUGUGAGGGAGUGAUCAGUGCUGCAACUGUUUCUCUCAUUCUCCACUUCAAUCAGUAACCAGGGCUUCUGCAAGCAAACCUGAAAGAAUACAAGAUCAUGAAGGAUCUCUGACCUGGAUUUUGGACUCAUACUACCACUACCACCACCACAACCAUCUCUGUCCGUCUCUAGGCCUAUUGUUUGAAAGGUUUUUUUUUUUUUUGUGCAGAUGGACCAUAGACAGCGUUGAGAGCGUCUAAAUUCAGCAGAAAGUCUGGAAUUCAGUCGAUGGUGGUUUGACUGGACAUUUGAGGGACUUCUCGUUCUCAGUUUUCACUUCACCAGGGGUUUUGGAAGAAAUGAGCAUGAAUCCACUGUGGAAAGUGUACAAGAGCAAGGUGAUGAAGACCCUCAACCCUGACACUGAGGAAGAGCCUGCUGAAGAGGUGUGUGAGACAGCAGAAGAAAUGACUCCAGUCCAGCACGAUGAAGGACCAAGCGCUGUGUCUCAGCUGGCGAAAAGAGUACAGGGCGUGGGGACGAAGGGCUGGAAAAGUAUGACUGCUCUAUUUAAUAAAGACGAUGAGCAUCAGCUCCUGGAGUCUGAGACUGAGAGUCAGCCGGUACCGGACCACCCACUGGCGGUGAAACCAGAAGAGCCGACGCGACCCAACAAACGCAACACAGGAUUCUGGGACACCUUUGCCACCAAGUGGAACCAGGCAGAGGCUAUGAAACAGGCUGAAGCAGCGGAGGUGGCCGGUGAGGGCGGAUCCGAUGGGAGGAGUCAAGAGGAAGCGGAUCAGGCAGGAGUGGAGAACACAGCAGGAGAAGAUGGAGGUGGCCAGGGCAACAGCUUCUCCAAAUAUGCCUCUCUGGGCGGGGCCAAUGAUGAUACACCUGCCUUUAAAUGGAACUUUGUGACCAGCAAGCUGGCCGAGCUGAAGAGCAAAAGCACAAACAAGAGCAACUAGCCAACAACAUAAGAGGACGCCAGAGACAGAAAAAGAAAAAAAACGGAUGGAAUUUAGUCUGUAUCUGCUCUCUCUGAAUCUAUAUGGCUUCCGCCUUUACUUGAUGUACUGCUGCAUGACACACACUCUUCAGGGAAUUAUGCACAACAGGCACUAUUCAAGCUACAAUCACAUAAAUAACAUGGUGUGCAAUCACAAUAUGUUCCUGAAGGCAGUUUUGCUCUUUAGUAUACGGUCAUUCUAUCUCAAGUGGUCCAAUGCAGGUUGCUCGACUGUUUUUAAUUAAUUUUUUUUUUUUUUUGAGUGAUUACCUCUAUGUAUUGCCAUUGCAAAACCACCAUUUUUUUUUGUUUGUUUGUUUUCAUUUUACUUGGUUUAACUACGAUGGUCAUCUUUGUGUCCUGGCACACAAAUUUUGGUUUACGGAAAGCUCAAUAUCACGGCUCAGGAUGGGCUAGCUCCUCGGAACAAAAACUGAUCUCUAGAGCACAGUACAUGUACAUAUAUAAACAUUUUGCACACUCAUGUUCCUUUGACUUAGAACUUAAGUCCAAAUUUAGCGCUCAAGAUUGCUCACAGUUCCACAUUUACGGUAAAUUUUUAACGGCAAGGGUUCGAGUCUCCAUCUUAAUUUUUUUUUAGGGGAUACUUAGGUAGGUAUAGCGUGCAUGCAUCAGGUUUGAGACUUCUCUUAUUUAUGGGGGUGUGAAUUUGCAGGUUUUUUUUUUUUUUUUAAAAUUCCCACCACUUUCCGGUUGAAUAUCUCUGGUGGGGGACCAGAUACGAACGUGAAAUUUUCACAAAAACAAGUCCUCUAUAAUACCAUUCUGCUGUAAGAAUUGUGAGUUUGAGGUUGGAGGUAAACUUUGCAGGACAGUAGACCUCGUGGGCCAGAUUUGAAGAACCAGCCUGAUCUGUCAUGUUGGUACAGGUGUACAGUUGUUAUGUGUGAGUAGAUUGUAACCAAAUAUGGAAUCACAGUGAUCAGUUGGGCGUUUUACAAAUGAACAGUGUCAUAAACUGAGCUGUGGUGUUGUUUCUCCCGUGAUAAAAGCAGUAAGUGACUGUAGUAAAAGUGUCUGUAGUAAAAAUGAAAAAACAGUCAAGCAACCAACUUUGCAAUUAUUGGACCACUUGAGAUGGAAUAACCCUAUAAGAAACAUCCCUGUUAUUUUGCACUAUAAGUAUAGUCUAGUUUAGUUUUAAUCCUGCUAGUAUUUCUGUGGAUUCUUUUCCUUCGAACCAUCUCCCAGACCUGAAUAACAUAAUUGUAACCCCAUCAUCUUGAACAAGUCAUCAUAUAAGUAGUCAUAACAUGCUUUAUACCUUUGUUAAUCCAUUGAAUAAGUAGCUACAGCCUUAACACUGCUGUUACAAUAAUGCUAAUUUCUGCUAGUGCAGCUAUAGGAUUUACAAUAUCAUGUGUUGCUGCAUUUGUAUGAUUAUUGUACUCAAACAUAAGAAAAACAUGAUCACUGACUUAGAAAUAAACAAUUGAAUGGCUCCUCGUGGACGUUCUGAUGACAUAAGCACACUUGAAUUCACAGACAAAAUGGCGACAUACACAGUGAACGCUAAGCCUUAGCCUUUUAGGAAACAUGUUUCUGGUUUUCAACAUAAUACAGGUGAUUUGUAUUUAACAACACUACACGAAAUUUAGUAUGUUGUGCUAGCAAUGAGGUUUUUUUUUUUUUUUCUAGUAUCACAUGAUACCCUAGAUGGACACCUAAAUGGUUUAAAGUAGAAAAUGUAAAAUAUUGUAGUAAUUAAUGUAGUCCUGGUCAAAUUUCACAGGUUUCCAUGAAUUAUCUAUGUUUUGGCAUGCAUGUAUGAGCACAACAGAACGUAGCAUUAUCAUCAAGCUAAUAUGUAGUGGUCUUUAUUUACCACAUCAACAAGCUAACUGGAGUCAUUUCUGAAUUAGCAUGCCUAUAGUAAACACAUUGACAAAUAGACAGUAUUAAAAUCGACAAAAGCAAACACUGUAUAAGUCAAAAUGGCUGCUAGAUGGCGAAAAAUACAUGGUAAUGUAACAAUAUAAAUGAGGUUACGAAUGGUAGCGUGGGCACAAAGAAUGCACUUUUGUCCAGGAGGAAAAUGGGAUCAUGUGAGUUCUGCUUAUUUUCUGCUUGUCUUAUUUCCUGUCCUGGCUUCUCCUAAAUUCAGUUUGGUCUAAUAUAUGAAACCAGAGUCAGAGUUUCUGUGUGUGUGAGAGAAAGAGAGCGCGAGAGAGAGAGACAUUUGUUAUGUGCGAACAUUUGCGGAACGUUGUCAUAAUGGUGCCUGCUGUAAGCUGUUUGCUCUCUUCUCUUCUGCUUCAUUCUUUCACCUUACAAAAAAAUUACUGCAAAUAAAGACCAUCGGAUGAAAUCCUUGUUUGUUUUUAUCAUUUCAGACUCAUUUCACGUGUCAUUGUUGUUAAGUUGUUAUUGCAAUUUUGGCUCCAGAUGAACAGAUAAAUCAUAGCUUCCACAUGAACAACGAUAGAAAUCAUUUUAGAGUCUAACAUUUAGACUAAAUAACACGUCUUUAAAUAUAAACAUAAAGCCAGAGCGAGCACGUUUUUUCUUUCUUUCCAUUACAUUCGGAUUCACUGCAGGCUGCUCUUACAGCUAGUCU